AUGUGCGUUGUUACACCUGGGCCAUAUGAGGUGUCAUAUGAUAUUCCUACAGCCUGCCAGAUCAAUUGUGAUGUCCUACAAGUUACACAAGUGCUGAAACCAAAUGCAAUUCACAAGCCAAAAAUAAAAUGUAGGGAAAAUGCAGUGCAAGAAACAGGUAUCUUGCGUAAUAGAGGCCAAGGCAACAUAUGCAAUGGUAAAACUCAGGAUGUAUCACAUAUUGCAUUUGGGACAAAGAUCCUUGGGCCACCUCCAUCUUCAAACAGAAGAACCAAUGCAAAGGUACCUGGAAAGGUAACAAAGACCUUGGGUAGCAAAACAUCACGCCAACUUCAAAAUUCAGGAAUGCCAACUGAAUCCAUACCAGAAAAUGAGAGAUUGGAACUACCACUCUGCCCAUGCAAUGAUACUUUAGAUCAAGGAGGAAAAAGAAAUGCUCUCCAAACAACUGCAAAUGAAUAUCAAAAUGACCCUGAAAUUCAGACUCAGAAAACAUCUGUGAGUAGAGAAGCAGAUUUUCAGCUCACCUCACCACAAGUACCAUCAACAGACAAGAACAGUCCUAGAAGAUUAUCUCUAAAUAAUGCAGCCAAACCCACAUGGGAGAUAACCAGUGAUAAAUGGGUGCUUCCAGAGAGGUUCACUGAGACUAUUCAGUUGGAUAGGAAGGAGCACUCCGGAGCUACUGGAAGUUCAGCCUGCUCAGCCCAGAAUGCCUCUAAACAUGACAGCAGCGAAACAGCUGAUCACCACAAGAAUAAGAAAGAGGUUUUCACAUUUUCAUCCAAACCUCGGUCAGCUCCUUAUGGGAAUUCUCCAAAUCUAUCACCAGACAGUUACGUUUGCCCAUUGGAAUUGGAGCUAGACAGUAACGGAGAACACGAGAAAACCGAAACUGAAGAUAGCUUUGAAGGAACUGAAAGCAGUGAGGAGGAGUAUGGCAGGAAAAAGUACCAGUCAAGUAGACUGAGUUCAUCUGAACUACCAAUGCUGGCCAGCAUGAAGAGACAACAAAAUGAAGAAUUAAGGGAUGCUGGGAUCUCCCAUGAGCUGAGCACCUCACAGAUCAAUUGUUGCAAUGUCAGCAGUGGUAUAAGUAGUAAUGACGAUACAGCAACCUGGAACUCUUGUUUCCCACCACCUGUCAGUCAGGAGCAUCACUAUGAGAAAGAAAUGAGCCCACUUUCUCAUUCCAACCCACGGGACUGGUUAAACACAUUAAAUCCCCCUAUCAUUCCUGGAAACCAACAGCUAAAAGAGAACACUAAAUCUUCAACAGAACAGAGAACUCAAGGUGAAGAUCACCUGAGUGCUGAAGAAGAUGAGGAAGUUUUGGCUCUUUUGUAUGAUCCAUGUCUGAACUGUUACUUUGACCCAAAUUCUGGGAAAUACUACAAAUUGGCAUGGUCAGAACAUCUGAGGAUAUUAUUUUGUAUUCACAGUAUCUUCUAACUUCCUGCAAAAUCU